GGGCGGCGGUCGGAGGAGGAGGUAGGUAACUACAGCACGAAUGACUGGAGAGAGAGAGAGGGAGACCAAACCAACAGGUGAGAGACUCUGCCAAGGCUAUUGAAGAAUAGACUCUCAAGGUAGACAGCAGUUUCUUCACCAGUGUCGAAUCGACAGCCGACUGGCAUGGACAUGACGAAAAACUAACUCUUUCGUUCAAAAUCGACGAUUAUUUGGUGUGAAAAUUGUUCAGAUUUUCUCGCUUCAUUAGUUGAUUCUAUUUCGUGGUUGUUGUUGUGUGCUGUGAGGGGUUUUGUGUGUGUGUGUGUCUUGUGAUUUCAUCGGUGAGUGACUCAGCGGCGCCACCUUUGUCAUUUCUUCCACGACCAAAUAGAAGACGAGGCCGAAAGAACCUUGAACACUCCCGUCACGCUCUCCUAAAGGGCUUUGAAAAAUGAACCGUUACGAGUCGGCGUAUCGAGAUUACACGAUUCAAAGAGGGGGAGCAACAGAUUCGGCAGAUGAGUCGACUUUGUAUCCCCAGCGGCCGGAACGGAGCAAAAGCGGUCGAGCCGGAAGGGCCAUCCGCGGUGUCAAAGACACCAACAGCGACAGCAGCGCCGAAAGUCACCUGGGUGGUGGAUUCGACGCCAACAGAAUGACGACACAGGCACAGACCAAUCCGGGAUUUUCCAGUACCGACGAGGAGAGUUUCAUCCAGCAGCCGAAUCACGUCCAUCGCCAUCAUCAAAUUUCGUCGCGUGAACUUUCAGAUCGCAGCGGAGGAGAGAGAAGCAAUCCAGACUUUUUGGUGGCCAACGAUGCCAUUCAAACUUACCAGAGAUCGCCAAGUUUGGGAAGUGGUUCCCUGUCGAUGGAUGAGCGCCGGGAACGUGAAUAUCACUACGGCCAGCACGACGAGAACAAUAGGUCGAACACGUCUGUCGAUCACGAGGUGCCCGAGAUCUACAUCCCGCAACCGGAAUUCCUCACGCGGAUGCCCACCUCGGAACUCAGUCAGGGAUCGUACAGGACGUACAGGACGGCGCCUCCGUACACAGAAGACGCCACUCUGCGUUCGAAAACGUCCAAACGAGGCGGGAUCGUGAUCGAGUCGUCCAGGGCGCCCCACCCCAUGUGCCCAAACACCCGCAGUUGCUGCUGUCUCAUGUUACUCUUCAACCUUGGCCUUUUGCUCGUCUGUCUCGGUUUCGUCAUCGUCCUACAGCUCAACGAUCCGCCGUUCGUCUGGUAUUUGGGAGUGUUUAUGUUGGUCUUUGGCUUCGUCAGCCUGAUUAUCGGCCUCGUAUUCUGCGCCUGGAUGUGCCGUGAAGGCUCUCCCGACGCCCCUCUACCGCCCAACAGCGAACUCUAUUGGACGCAUCACUGGCGCAAGACGAUCUACCUGCCUGAAUCUCACGGCCGUGUUCACGAAACAACCGUCAAGACUCCCAUUCCGGAGGAGGAGCAGUAUCCGUACGCGGAUGAAAGCGAUUCGUACAGCGGUGGCGACGGCCAACCGCAACGCUACCAUCACCACAACAACAAUCACGGCCGCUACUAAACAACAAAAUCAUUUCAUUUCAAUGGGACGUUUUUUUUUUAAAUCUUCUAUACUCUUUUUCUCUCUUCUUUUUGGGUGAAUUUCAAAACUAAACAAAAUAAUCCGGUGAACACACAAAUAAGGCCCUCUCACUCACUGCUGGAAACGAUCAAGUUGCCAAAAUAAUCAAUGGAUUUAUAGGCCUUACAUAAUUAAUAUUAGUCGAUGACGCAGUUGUGUGUUUUUUCUUUGUUAACCCCUCCCUUUUUUUAUAACAUUUAUUUCUUACCCCCCCCC